UGGGGGCAGCAAGAUCGACCGGCUCAGCGGGCACCUUGGUGACGCUGCAGGUGUGGCUGGUUGAUCCCCUGUGGAGACAGUAAAGAUUAAGAGGAUCAUAAGCUGCGUCCAGUGCUGCCCUGGGAGAAAUCUCCUAGAUCCAGAGCCGCUGCUGUGAAGGGAAGUUGGGGCAGCUCCUGAGUUCAGACAGACAGAACAGAGAGGAAAGACUCGGGAGGGAGACAAAGCCAGAGGGAGACCACCAGGGCCAGGGAGACAGAGAAGUCGAAAUAGAAGAGAUUCAGGGGCACCAAGAGAGGGACAGAGGUGGAAAGAGGGGGAGCACGGCUGCGCCCCCUCAGGAGGCCUCCCUCAGGCAGGAAGCGGGGGACCCGCUAGCACCAGGCCCGCUGCCUGCGGAUGAGCGCCAACAUGGCUGCAGCUGUGCCAGCCACUGCGGCUGCUUCCCGGAAGGAGUCUCCAGGCACAUGGGGCCUGGGAGAGGAGCCGGCAGGCGUGGGCCCCUCGCUCCAGUGUCGCGUGUGUGGUGACAGCAGCAGCGGGAAGCACUAUGGCAUCUACGCCUGCAACGGCUGCAGUGGCUUCUUCAAGAGGAGCGUGAGGCGGAGGCUCAUCUACCGGUGCCAGGUGGGGGCAGGGAUGUGCCCGGUGGACAAGGCCCACCGGAACCAGUGCCAGGCCUGCCGGCUGAAGAAGUGCUUGCAGGAGGGCAUGAACCAGGAUGCUGUGCAGAAUGAACGCCAGCCGCGAAGCACAGCCCAGGUCCGGCUGGCCAGCAUGGAGUCAGAUCCGGAGCGCCGGCUGGAGCCCCUGGGGGCCCCCCUGGCCCCGGCAGGGCCCAGUCCACGGGGCCCUACGCCUGUUUCUGCAGCCAGAGCCCUGGGGCCCGGGGCCCUCACACCUCCAGGUCACCACCACUUCAUGGCCAGCCUUAUAACGGCCGAAACGUGUGCUAAGCUGGAGCCAGAGGAUGCGCCCCCUGCCCCUGCCACAGAGCAGCCUCCUCCUCCAACAGCCGAUGAGAAUAUUGAUGUCACCAGCAAUGAUCCCGAGUUUCCCUCAUCCCCAUACUCCUCCUCAUCCCCGUGUGGCCUGGACAGCAUCCAUGAGACAUCGGCUCGCCUUCUCUUUAUGGCCGUCAAGUGGGCCAAGAACCUGCCCGUGUUCUCCAACCUGCCCUUCCGGGAUCAGGUGAUCCUGCUGGAAGAGGCAUGGAGUGAACUCUUCCUCCUCGGAGCCAUACAGUGGUCCCUGCCUCUGGACAGCUGCCCGCUGCUGGCCGCACCUGAGGCCUCCGCUGCCGGCAGCUCCCAGGGCCGCUUGGCACUGGCCAGCGCGGAGAGCCGCGUGCUGCAAGAAACCAUCUCACGCUUCCGAGCGCUGGCAGUGGACCCCACGGAGUUCGCCUGCAUGAAGGCCCUGGUCCUCUUCAAACCAGAAACUCGAGGCCUGAAGGAUCCUGAGCACGUGGAGGCCUUGCAGGACCAGUCCCAAGUGAUGUUGAGCCAGCACAGCAAGGCACACCACCCCAGCCAGCCUGUGAGGUUUGGGAAAUUGCUCCUGCUCCUCCCAUCCUUGAGGUUUAUCACUUCUGAACGGGUUGAGCUCCUCUUUUUCCGCAAGACCAUAGGGAAUACUCCAAUGGAGAAGCUCCUCUGUGAUAUGUUCAAAAACUGAGAGACGUGGAACUACCAUGGGCACCGCUACUUUGGAAAACAAUCUACCAAAGCCAAACAUUUGCCCUGUGACUCGGCAAUUCCACCUGUAGGUACACGCGUACCAGGCAGAAAUGUCCACUAAAAGAGAUUAUAAGAAUAUUCAUAGCAGCUUUAUUCCUAAUAGCCCCAAACUGUAUUUUGGCAAUAGGAUGGAUUAAUAAAUCGUGAUCUAUUCAUUUAAUGGAAAACAGCAAUAAAGAAGAGUGAACUACCGACACAUGUGACAACAUGGAUGAAUUUCACAGACAUAAAAGUGGAACCUUUUAAGAACCCUUCCAGGCACAGGUUCUGCUUAUACAAAGUUCAAGAACAGGCAAGACUAACGGAUGGUGACAGAAGCUGGAAUAGUACUUACCUCAGGGGGAGGGAGGUGGGUGGCUGGGAAAGGACCCAGGGGAGCCUUUUGGCAUGCUAGAAAUGGUUUUUAUUUUGACCCAGGUGGUGGUUUCACAAAUCUACUAAUUCAUAAAAAUUAAUUGAGCCAUGCACUUAAGAUUUGUGUACUUUACUGUAUUAUGUUAAAUCUCAAUAAAAAAGUGGACAACAACAAAAAA